AUGUGGAAGGUGUUGGUAGCAAAUCGGGGAGAAAUCGCCAUCAGGAUAUUCCGCUCUGCAAUUGAGUUGGGAUGGCAAACCGUGGCUCUGUAUACGAAUGACGACGCGUCGCAUACAGCCUACGCGGAUGAGGUCGUCCUCCUGGACUCUCCAAGUCAAUACAUGGACCCAGAACACCUCGUCCAAAUUGCCCACCGAACGAAAUGCACCCAUGUCCAUCCAGGCUACGGAUUCCUCAGCGAAGAUCCUCGUCUCGCGUCCUUACUCUCCCAUACAAACAUCACCUUUGUCGGCCCUUCGGAGGAGGGUCUCAAGAUUUCGUCGAACAAGAUGCUCUCUCGCGAGUUUGCAGCUUCACUUGGACUGUCUAUCGCUCCGGGUGGCCGUGUCUCCAGUGCAGCCGAUGUACGACGUUUUGUUGGAACGAUGGGCUCACAACCAUUUCCUGUUAUCAUCAAAGCACUCGAUGGAGGUGGUGGAAGGGGUAUCCGCGUCGUGCACGGUGGGCCUGAAAUCGAAGGCGCUUUCGAUCGGUUCCAGAAGAUGGUCGAGAUCGCACCAUCGACGCUUCCGGAAGAGGUGGUUCGGCCAUUGCUCGCAGCUGCCCUCGAUAUGGCCCGACACCUCAGGUAUUCAGGAUUGGGCACUUUUGAGUUCCUGGUCAACUCGCAGAGUCACGAGUGGGUCUUCAUGGAGAUCAAUCCAAGGAUCCAAGUCGAGCAUACGAUCACUGAGGAAAUCAUGAACCUCGAUCUUGUUCGUAUACAGCUUCUCCUGUCAAUCCCUGGCACGUCGUUGGCCGACGUCUUGCCUCAGCACGCCCGCACUCCUCUUCCACCGCGAGGCUAUGCCAUUCAACUUAGACUGAUCGCCGAGGAUCCUCGCCAGUCGUUUAAGCUCUCCACUGGCCAUUUUACACCCUCGACGUUUAGCUGGCCUUCUGGUAGGGGUGUACGCGUUGAUACAUGGCUUACCACUGGUCCCAGCAACAUGGAGCCGCUUCAAGAAUAUCUCAUCGGAACAGAUUUCGACUCUCUUCUGGCGAAGCUCAUUGUACACGGCGACACGCACGAAGAAGCGCGGAGCCGGGCGCUGCGUGCACUCGGCGAGGUUCGCAUCCCUCCAGACUUAAAGACAAACGUGAAUAUGCUCGCGGGCGUUAUGAAACAUCCCCACUGGAAGCACGGGAAAGUCCACACCACCUGGCUCGAAUCUCAUUUCGAAGAGGUCAUGGAUUUCGGCCAGAAAUCAGCUCUCGGGCACCCUUACCACUCGCUGUCGCCCACUCCCCUCGCCUUCAAUCUGACGCAACUCUCGUCCUUCGCGUCGUCGUCCCAGCUCGAGUUCGCGAACCCGCAGGAGUCGACGCACGUCGCGUCUCCCCUGGCAGGCAAGAUCGUCGAACUGCAUCCCGCCCUUCUCGCGCCCGCGGGAUCGGAGCAUGUCGUGCGGCGGGGAGAGACGCUUGCGGUGGUGUCGGUGAUGAAGAUGGAGAAUGUUAUCUCAGCUCCGUCGAGCGGGAAGGCGAAGCUGUAA